AUGGCUGCUUCAAAUGGAGUUGACGCCAACGGAGAUGAAGCACUGAUGAUGAAGCGAAUUCUGGCCACCCAUAAGCACCUGGAUGUCAACAAAUUCGAUCCCAACCCUCUUCUCCAUGCCAUCAAUGAUGUCAUUCAACAUGCCAAAGGAAUUCCGGUGGAGGGUAACGCAUCCGGCCCCGAAGGUCAUCUGCGCUACAACCUCCAGCACUUGCCCUACGAGGCAAUUAAAUCAGUUUCUUGUGAGUUUUCUUGCAAGCAUUCAGGGGCCUCAACCACGAGUGAGGUGGCCAUUAGAGUUUUUCAGUCACUGGGAAACUACUCAUGGGAAGCAAAGGCUGUUAUAACCUUAGCGGCAUUUGCUGCAAACUACGGCUCCUAUGUCUCGAUUUCGAAGCUUUAUGGGAACAACGACCUAUUUUCCAAAUCUACGGCAUUCCUCCAACUAUCCCCAUAUCUGUUGAAACAGACCCCUUUGAAACUCCAGCCUGAGGCACUCAAGGUUGUUGAGGCCAUCCUUGAUCUUGCCAAAUACAUUAUUGAGAUCAAGUCCUUCCAGUCUCAGUACGUUCAGCACAAGAUGUUCGCUUCCAUUUUCGCUGUUCAUGAAAACGAUUUGGCGAAAGCUGUGUACAUGAGCAUUCAGACUACUGUGGCUUGUGCAUCAAUAUUGAUGAACACAGUGGCCUUGGGAAAUGAGUACACACCAUCACCAGUGGAGGCUGAAGAGCUUUUGAAUUUCGAGAUGCAGCUGAAGGUCAUACACAGCACACUCAUCAGUGAAAUGAAAAGUUGGAAGGAAUACAUUGGUUAG